GAACGUCACCCUCGUUUCCGUUUUCUUGUCAGGCCAGUUUCCGGGCCCGCCAUGAUGUUCAGAAGACAACGAGGAGCAACUGAAAGACCGUCGAAAUGGAUGUUAUGGAUUUAAACAACGAAAAUUAUAGUUUAGAAAGAGAUAAUUACCGUCGUUUUGGAUAAGAAACCUAAGCUAACUGGUUAUUAAAGUGUUUAUUUCCAGUGGCCGUUUUCUAACCAGUUAACUAGUUAGUGUAAAAUAAGGUUAGCUGCGGGUAAUGUUUUUGUUUUGACUGGUAGGUACACGGACCAAGGCCGCAGAUCUCCUUCUCUCAUCGUAGGUCACACAAGGAUCAACAUCGUUUCCUGCGUGGACUGCAACUCCGAAAAGGAUCGUUUGAGGACUUUAUUUUAUUUGGACGUUUGAUUUUUUUUCCUCCCCCCAGACGGAUUGAAGAUUUUUUUUUAGGACUUUGCGCCGUUUUACGGCGGAAGAAAGCGACGCUUACGGGCCUCGCAUGGACUCCUAACCGCGACCCCGGUGCCGCGCUGCUUUCCGCAGCUACAAGGCCCGUUGUUUCCGCGAGAGAGACUCUACUGACUGUAUUAAUAACCGUGAAAGAAAAACCCCGUAAUGGACACUCGAGGAACUGUACUUUUUCUUGUGUUUUACCGGACACUUAAUUAACGAACUGACCGGGUUAUUAAAGACGCUGCUUGCUGGUGUCCCGGUCUGUCACUACUAGUAGUUUGGUGUCUUUGACACAAACAGCUACAAGGACUAUCUGUGAAUACUUCCUCUUAGUUCAUUGCCUGUUUUCCCUUCGAUAUUAUCUUAUUAUAGAAUAAUCUGGUAGCUUCCCCCACCUUCAGUCUCAGAUCGUAUCUACUACUGGUUAUUGUUAUUUCUUAACUAACGUGUUGUUUUCCCCCUCCUUUGUCUUUGAGUUUGAGUUUUUUAAGUGAUUAGUUGUGAGAAUGUCGUGUGUUCAUUAUAAAUUCUCGUCCAAACUGGACUACAACACCGUGACCUUUGACGGGCUGCACAUCACCCUGGCCGAGCUGAAACGGCAGAUUAUGGGCAGAGAGCGACUCAAAGCCACCGACUGCGACCUGCAGAUCACCAACGCACAGACCCGUGAAGAAUACACUGAUGAGGAGGUUCACAUCCCCAAACACUCGUCAGUGAUCGUCAGACGCACCCCCAUCGGGGGGGUCAAACCAGCAGGCAGAACGUUCAUUGUUGACCGUUCUGACAUGGCUGCUGGAUCCUCCAGACCCACCGACUCUUCACCGUCCGUCUCCCUGGCCCAGCUCUCUAAGACUGCCAACCUAGCGGAGGCCAAUGCAUCAGAGGAUGACAAGAUCAGAGCCAUGAUGUCCCAGUCCAACAGUGAAUAUGACCCCAUACAUUACUCUAAGAAGGCCAUAGGACCGCCUCCUGCACAUUACACCUGCUAUCGCUGUGGCAAGAACGGACACUACAUCAAACACUGCCCCAUGCAGAUGGAUAAGAGCGUAGAGGCUCCUAAGCCAAUCAGGACCAGUAAGGGCAUCCCUCAGAGCUUUAUGGUGAAGGCUGAACCAGGAACUAAAGGAGCCAUGUUGACCAGCACUGGAGAAUAUGCUAUUCCUGCUAUAGACGCGGAGGCCUAUGCUCUGGGGAAGAAGGAGCGUCCCCCGUUUGUUCCCCGUGAAGCGUCAUCGUCCGAAGAUGAGGCUGAUCCAAUCCCUGAUGAGCUGCUCUGCCCCAUCUGUAACGACCUGAUGAAUGACGCUGUGGUCAUACCCUGCUGUGGUAACUCCUACUGCGACGACUGCAUCAGGACCAGUCUGCUGGACUCAGAGGAACACACCUGUUUCACCUGCAAACAGUCUGACGUCUCACCUGACGCUCUCAUCGCUAACAAGUUCCUACGACAGGCAGUGAAUAACUUUAAGAAUGAGUCUGGUUACACCAAACCAGCACGAAACAAAACCCUGCAGCAGUCUGCCCCGCCCCCAGCACGGCCUCAGCCAUUCAGAACCCUCGGCUCACGCCAGCAGGACCCCCUAUUGGCCAGCACUCGCCAGCAGGACCCCCUAUUGGCCAGCACUCGCCAGCAGGACCCCCUAUUGGCCAGCACUCGCCAGCAGGACCCCCUAUUGGCCAGCACUCGCCAGCAGGACCCCCUAUUGGCCAGCACUCGCCAGCAGGACCCCCUAUUGGCCAGCACUCGCCAGCAGGACCCCCUAUUGGCCAGCACUCGCCAGCAGGACCCCCCAUUGGCCAACGCCUCUCGCCCCCCAGCCUCCCUCACUCCUCCUGUCACCCUGACACACAGCCUGCCCAUUCAGACCCCACCGACGGGACCGCCUGAGGUGUCAAUCUCUCCUGACCCCGCCCCUGAACCACACCGGGCGGAGCCACGGCACUUGGCCAAUCACAACGAGCCACCGCCGCCAGGUGAGAUGGAGGCGGGGCCUUACAUGGUAUCAGAGCCACCAAUCAGAUCAGCCGACAGCGGACCUCAGGGAUACCACAUGCCUAUGAUUGGUCACCCUCCACCCAUAAGGCCCUCCCACCCAUCAGGUCCACCUCCACAGCCCUCCCAUUCCCACAGAGGAGGACCCAGACCACCUUGGGACAGACCCUACAGACCUCUUUCUGACCACGUUCCCCCCCCACGCCAUCCCCUUCCUUCCGCCCCGGGCCCAGCCCCCCACCUCUACCCGGGCCCUAACCUCUACCACCCUCCCCCCAACCCCCACUCCAUCCCGCCCCAGUCCUACCCCCCUCCCUACUCCACCGGGCCCCCUCCCCCUGUUAACUACCCCCCUCAGCCCCACUACCCACACGGCCAGAUGCCUCCAGGGGUUAAUGCCCCCUGGGUUCCCCCUCCCAACACCCAGCCCCACUCGCUGGGCCCCCCGCCCCUCCUGUCCUCCGGACCCCCCCUCUCCAAGGAGGACUUCUACAGACAGAGGAGACUCCAACAGGAACAGGUAACGUCCAAGCUGGAUGAGUUCACUAAAGACUUUGCCAAAGAGCUGAUGGAAUACAGACCUGCUCCCAAGAGACGGAGACGCUCCUACUCCAGGUCUCGUUCCUACAGUCGUUCUCCGUUCAGCCGUUCACCCUACUCCCGAUCUCCUCGCUCCCGCUCCAGGUCUUACUCGUACACCCCCAGUCGUUCCCGCUCCCGUUCCAGGUCUUACGGACGCUCCCCCUUCGCCAGACGCAACGGAGGCCGGGGAGAACGCAGCCGCUCCUACGGCCGCUCGCCACGGUCCCGCUCACGCUCCCGUUCCUACGGCUACCGUCGCUCCGGCUCUCCUCGCUCCCCUCCGCCUUACCGUGGUGGUGGUGGGGGGGGCUGGGAAGGAGGAGACGGAGCUGAAGGAGGAGGAGGGGGGUAUCGGCCCAGGUCUCGCUCCCCGGGGGGCUACAGGAGGAGCAGGAGUCCUGGAGGGUUUAGAGGUCACCAUAAGCCCCCCCCUCGAGAGCCGGCUCCUUACGAGCCCAAAGGCGGACCUGACCUGUCUCCCGGGGGCAGGGAGCGCUGGGAGAGAGACAGCUACAGACAGUGGGAGAAAGAGUACAGGGACUGGUACAACAAGUACUACAAAGACUACAGUACCCAGCAUGCCUCGGUGCACCACCGCGGUGGCCGGGGCAGCAGAGAGAGGGACCGCCUCACCCCUCCUCCCAGAGACUACUCCCCCAGGGGCGGUAAGGAACGCACGCAGGGGGGAACCAAAACGUCAGAGGGCGGAACUAAAACUCUGAAAGGGAAGAAACUGAAGAAAAAGAAGAACGGGGAGGAGCUGGAUUCAGCCGACCAAUCGCUGGACAGGGGAGACGCCACACCCGUCAGGGACGAGCCAAUGGAUGAUCUCCACACCCUGACUCCUAGCAAAGCCCCACCCACCUCCACCAAGGCCUCGAGCAAUAAGGCAGCGCUGCUGUCCGGUAAAACCCCUCCCACCUCGUCCGGCCAAUCAGAGAAGAGCAGGAAGGAGAAGGGGGGUAAGGUGAAAGUAAAGACGGAGGGAAAGGUGAAAGGGGAGAAGGUUAAGAGGAAGACGGGAGGAGAGGCGACGGUCACAGCCUCUAAGAACAAAGAGUCUUCAGCCGCUAAACCAACCAAAGCAUCCAAGGUCAAACCGGACGAGCCAAUCAGGAGAGAGAAGGGACGGAGCACCCCUACUGUUCGAGGAGGUUUGGCUAAACUCCCCCUGACCCGCCCCCUCCCCCCUCACCCCCACGACCUCCCUAAACACCUGGGCGACGCCCGCGGGGGAAGGAGAGAUCCCAUUCACAGUGUCGGGCUACGCCCCCCUGGUCGCCCCCUCCAGCCUGCACCUCCCUCACCAGCAGAGAAGAGGAGGAGAGUGGAGGAGAGGGAAAGGGGGAGGGGGAUGGACAGAGGGAUGGGGGGGCCCCCGGCUAAGCUCCGCCGCGCCGAGGGUCCGUACCCCCCGAGAGGACUUCCUGCCAAGCCUUCCCUCCUCCUGAACCUGGCAUGCAGAGAGUCGGAGGCGGACGGGCUGCUGCCCACCCCAGGGAGCUCUGAGGCGGGCAGAAGAGAGAGUGACAGGGGGUCUAUCUGGCCUCUCAUGGGUCUGCAGGUCAAACCCUUCCCCCAGAGGAGAAUCAAACUGAACAGAGACCUGGGUAGGAACAGCAGUAUGGCCCGCCCAGAGGAGAGACCAGCUCCAGUUGCUAAUAUCACCACUACUAUCACCUCUACUGGAGAGAGGCCUGCUGGUCCCGAGAGAGGAGGAGCAGAGAGGGAUGGAGCGACGGAGAGGGUGGCGGUGAUGGUGGAGCGGAGGUCGUCUGGCGAGAGGUCAGAGGUCAGGUCUGUUAGGUCAGAGAGGCCGUCAUCAGGGGAACGUUUGCCGGAGAGAGGAGGAGGAGGAGGAAGGUCAGUCUCUCUAGACCGCAUGACCAUCGCGGAACGCUCGGCCAUCGCUAAGAAACCUGAUGUCACCGUGGAGAGAACAGAGAGCGAGUACACGCCGCCCGCUGAGAGAGAGAGACCAGCGGAGAGCUCCAAGGAGAGAGAGAGACCAGCAUCAGCCCAGACUGGCAGGUCAUCAUCCAGGGAGAAGUCAGCCACCAGGGAACCGAAAGGAGAGAAGACCUCGUCCUCCAUAGACAGACCUGCCUCUAUAGGGGAGCGAGUGGCAGGGUCCCAGAGAGAGACUGUCGCUGAAGACAGAGCGGCAGCGGUGGUCGUGGUGAAGGAGGGUUCUGGGAAGACCAGAAAGAUCAGCAGAAAGAGUUCUGAGCCCACGACCCACCACUCAUCAGACCACUCUGUCACUUCAACUGGCAGCAGCAGGUCUGAGCCGAGCCAGAGCCAGGGUGCUGUGUCAAAACCACGGGACCUCCAGACCCAAAGGAGACCCAGUCCCGUCCAGUUCCCCAGCCCAGGCAGGGAGAGGAGGGACCGUGGGACCGGAGGAGUCCUCAUCCAGCCUCCACCCCGGUCCAAGUGGGAGAGAGAGGAGGAGGAGGAGGAAGAGGAGCAGCACUCAGCGUCCAGGGAGAAUGGGGCGUUGGCGGUUUCCUCCUCUGUGCCCAGAGACGCUCUGAGGAGAGAAGUCUCACCAGCACCGCCUAGUGGCCAAGGCAGGGAGGUGCAGGGUAGUGUCUCUAAAACAGCCAACACUGAGGGGAGGAGAGGGAGGGAGGAGGGGACUAGAAGGAGGGAGGAAGGCAGAGGGCUUAAAAAGGGGCAGGUGAACUUUAGAAAACCAGCUAAGACCGAAUCCAGAGGAGUGAAGGAGGAAGGAAGAGGGGGAGGGAGGGAUGAGAGUCGAGGGGCGGGGCCUGAGCCAAGGCGACAGCGCCUGUGUUCUGACCUGGGUAGAGAGACGGACGAGGCAGCCUUCGUCCCCGACUACAGCGAAGGGGAGGGGUCAGACGGGGAGCCGAGGCAGUGGCCUGAGCCAUAGCC